AUGAAGUUAUCGUUCAAAGCGGCUUCAUUUUGCAUCUACCCUGUACUAAGUAGCAAUGUCUGGUUCUACGAUCUAAUUGUACGAAUUUCCAGCUAUGAUGUCGAGCGCAUCAAAGAAGUUGGUCCCGAUCGCGCGGCCGCCGAAUGGGUGGUCCGAUGUGGAGGCGCUGUGAAAUUCGACAAAAUCGACAACCUCUUCAGCGACUAUAAUGCUCUAAUCAAAAGAUGCGCAGAGUUGGAUCCGAGAGUACCGGCAGACAAUGUGAAAAUCACACAUAUUCACGCCAUUGAUGCUAGUGUGUCCGGCUAUGGAUGUCGUCAUUUCAGUGCGUUUUGGAAGUUCCAAAAUAACAUCAGGGAAUUUGUGAAUUUAGAGGGCUUGGACGGUCUCCAGGAAGUCAAAUUUAUACGCUGUGGAACUCUUCAUGAUUUCGGACUGGAAUACAUGGCAGAUGCCGUUGGUGGUCAUCUUAGUCGACUCGAAAUAGACAGCUGUCGUCGAAUCACCGAAUUUGGUCUUAUACAUCUUGAAAGAUGCAGAGCUCUCAAGUCGCUACGCUUGGCACAUCUGAAGCAUGUUCAUGGUCACGAUAAAGUGCUACAGCGGUUGACGAGGGCUUUGCCUAACACGGAAAUUAGUUUUGUAGCUCAUUGA